GGUCUAUUGUAUGAUGUGAACAAAUGAGAUUUAUUAGUGUUUAUCGAACUAUACAUAAGCUUUCAUGUAUGGAUGUAGAUCAUAUUUUGCAUAUACCACUCAACACCUUAUGUCUUAUAAGACAUUAUAAGGUGUGAUGAUGAGUUGCUAUGUGUGGGUGUAUUAUUGAUUCAUUCUAAACAUAUAUAGAACUAGCUUCCUGCUACUUCAAUAUAUAUAUAUUUCCAUACAGCAGGUACUAUGCUGUGAAUGAAAUAAAUUAAUAACAGUGUAACAUCUACAGUACAUAAUGGCUAACAAGAAAUCAGUGUUGGGAGAAGUGGAAAAUGUCCGGGUGGUGAUUAGAAUAAGACCAUUAAAUAAAAAAGAGGUGGCUGAUGGGAAUCAAAAUAUAGUGACUCUGGAUCAAGAAGAAAAUGUCCUAACACUGUUUAAAGUGGGUAAUGAAAAAACAAAGUCAUUCAAGUUUGAUCAUGUCUUUGGCCCAGUGUGCACACAGAUGGAUUUGUAUAGGCACAUUGCUUAUCCUAUUGUUGAGAAGAGUUUCCAGGGAUAUAACGGUACUAUAUUUGCUUAUGGCCAAACUGGUACUGGUAAAACAUUCACUAUGGCUGGGAAUAACAAGGUACCAGAACUCAAGGGAAUUAUACCAAAUGCAUUUGCCCAUAUAUUUACCCACAUUGCUAGGGCCAGUGAAGAGAAAUCAUUUGCAGUCACAGUCACAUAUUUGGAAAUAUAUAAUGAAGAAGUCAGGGACUUGCUAUCAACAACACCAAACAAUAAGCUGGAAGUUAGGGAGCGCAAAGAUGUUGGUGUUUAUGUAAAAGAUCUUAUGGGUUUUACUGUGGAUUCCAUAGAAUCCAUUACAGAACUUAUGAAUCGUGGUAACAACAACAGAAUCACUAGAUCAACAUUAAUGAAUGAUGUUAGCUCUCGGUCACAUGCAAUUUUUACCAUAACUCUUGAAUCAAAACACAGGGCAGACAACAAGACAACCAUUGGCAAAUUGAAUUUGGUUGAUUUGGCUGGCUCAGAACGUCUUAGUAGAACUCAGGCAACAGGGGAUAGGUUGAAAGAGGCAAGCAAUAUCAAUCAGUCACUCUCAGUCUUGGGAAAUGUUAUAUCAGCAUUAGUGGAUGGAAAAAGUACUCAUAUUCCAUACAGAAACUCAAAAUUAACGCGUUUAUUGCAAGAUUCAUUAGGAGGAAAUUCUAAAACUGCAAUGAUCGCAAUGGUCAGCCCCUCGGAAAUGGAUUACGAGGAAAGCAUCUGCACUUUGAGGUACGCUAGCAGAGUUAAAUUUAUUAAGAAUACUGCUAGAAUCAAUGUUGAAACUAAAAAGGGAUUAAUUGAGUGUUUUGAAUUGGAAAUUGAAAAACUACAGCAGAGGAUCCAUUUGAUUUCUUUACAUGAAGAAAGGGAGAUGGCAAAGCAGGAAAGCAAGAAGAAGAAAGACAUCACUUUGGAAGAGGAAUCUCGUAAACAACAUGAGGAAAUUGAGAAAACUGAGAGGGAAAAAACCGAGUUGUUGAGUAAAAUAUCGUUGAUUCAAAAGAAAAUCUUGGUUGGUGGCGAAAAUCUUUUCGAGAAGGCCAAGCAGCAAGAAUUCUUAUUAGAAUUAUCCAGAGGUGAGUUGCAGACCAUGGAGGAAUAUAGUAAACAGCUACAAGAGGAAAUACAAAAGAAAGGGCAAGAAAGAAUCAACGUAGAAGAGCAGUACUCUACUUUACAAGAAGAAAAAAUUGGUAUUACUAAAAAUCUUAAGAAAGUACAGCAGCUUUUGAAUGAAGUAAAAGAAGAGCAUGCGGACAAAGAACAUGAAUACCAACGGGAAAUGGAAGCUCUAUUAGAUAAUUAUCGUUUAUUAGUAAGAGAAUUGCAAUUGGCGAAUGUAAUGAUAGACAAUUAUAUUCCCAAGGAAUAUCUGAAAACAAUCGAGGGGAAAAUGUUAUGGAAUACGGACACUACUGAAUUCCAAGUUAAAGGCGUAGCGUAUACCGGAAACAAUAUGCGAAAGCACAUGAGCGCAAACGUGGAUAAAUCCACACCAGCUUUCAGAGGCAUGAAGAAUGUGUACCAUAGCUACAAUGCUGGAAAGAAGGUGGAACGAAGAGUCAGAACCUCGAGCGUUCCAAGACCCAGCCACUCCAAGCGGACUUCCCAGAUCCGAUCAGCAAUCUAAUAAGCACUAGCCAACAGCAAUUCACUGUGCAAUACCAAUUAUGCUUUAUUUAAUUAAUUAAUUUGGAAGCUUCAUUUUUAUUUAU